AUGAAAAAAAGUCUUUUCAUAAUAUUGUGCUUUUUGAAUUAAGCAAUAAUUCUAUAAUCAGAAUCAAUAUAAUGUGAAUGUGUGCAUUUAACAGAGCCAGAAAAAUGCAAGAAGUCUGCAAAAUGCAGAUGGAAUGAAAUGGAAGAAAGAUGUUCUUAAUCUGCAAAUUUUUCAUUAUAAAAUCAAAUUACAUCAUAUUGUGCUUAAUUUGCAGAGGAAGAAUGCGUAUAAGAGGAGAAAUGUGCAUUUAAUUUAGGUAAAUGCAUAGAUUUUGUUAAUUGUGAAUCAUUUACUAAGGAGAAAUGCAAUUAAUCAUCGUAUUAAUGUAUAUCUGAUGGAAAAAAAUGUAUACCAAAAGGAUUUUGUUCUGAUUACAUAACUUAAAUAGCAUGUCAAAGUUAGAAUUCUUAAGGAAAAUAUUGUAAAUGGAUAAAAAAAAAUGAUAAUUUAAAUUAUUGUGAAGAUGUCGAAGAAUGUUAAGACCUUCCUAUGUCUAUGAAAUUUGAUAGUGAUUGUAGAAAAUAGAUAGAUAAAUGUACAAUAUCAACAAAAGGGGGAUGCUAAAUUUCUUAAAAAUAUUGCAAUUUAUAUUAAUAAAAAGAAUAAUGCUAUUUUAAUUUGAAUAUGGUUGAGUGUUUUUGGGAUGAAGUUUUUAAUAAAUGUUCUGAGAAAAUUUGUAUUAAUAAAUAAGCAUCUCUUUAUUAAGAAUGUUAGAAAAUCCAGCCUAUUUGUACAACUAAUGGUGUAAAUUGCAUUGAAAAAUUAGAUUGUAAUUAAUAUUAAAAUCCAAAUUCUUGUGUUGAGGAUAAAAAAGGAAAUAAAUGCGUUUUUUAUUAAGAGAAAUGUUAUUAAAAGAAUUGCAUGAGUGCUCCAAAUUUUAUCAACAAAAUGAUUGAAUGUUAAGUAUUUUAUUAAAAUAAUAUUGUUUGUGUUCCUAAAUAGUUAGGAGGAUGUAAAAUAAUUCCUUUAUAAUGUGAUGAAUUAGAAACAGAAGAUUCAUGUAAACAAAUUCAAGAAUUAUCUGGUAAGAAAUGUAUAUGGGAUGAAUAAUAGAAAUUUUGUAGAAUUAGAUAAUGUUCUGAUGCUCCAUUAUAAUAUAAUCAUAUAGAAUGUGUAUAUUGGUUAAAUGAAUAUGAAUGUAUUGGUGGUUUAUAAAAUGGUUGUAUAGAAAAUUUUGAUGAUUGUUCAAAAAUUUUAAAUCCUAAGAGUUGCAUCAAAGAUAAAUUAAAUAGAAAGUGCGUUAUUGAAAAUUAAAGGUGUGUCGAAGAAAAAUGUGAAAAUUUUAAAUUUCCAUUUUAUAAUAAUAUUUAUACUUGUGAGAAUAAAUUAAAAAGUUGCACAUAUAGUCUUUAUAGUAAGACGUGUAUUAAUAAGGUAUGUUCACAAUUAGAAGAUAGAUAAUGUAAUUUUGAUUAUUAAAUGAAUAAAUGUAUACGAUUAUCUGGUUGUAUUCAUAAGAAAUGUGAAUAUGCUUCAGUAUAUUAUACCAGUAAUGAAGAAUGUGAAGGUUGGGAUAUAAGAUGCACAGUAAAUGCUGGUGUGAUUAAUGGAAUAUCUUACAAAAAUGGAUGUAUUAUCAAAUAUUUAGAUUGCACAGAUUUUAAAUAUCAAUCAUAGUGUCUAACAACAUUACAAGGUAUUCCUUGUAUUUGGAAUUAAUCUCUUAAUUAGUGUCAAUUUCAUAAUUGUUAGAAUGCACCUCUAACCUUAAGUACUUUAGUUGAAUGUAAAAAAUGGGUUCAAUAUCAUAAUAUUAAAUGUAUCAAUAAAUAAAUUGGAGGAUGCAUUGAUUAAUCAUCAAACUGUUAAGGUUUAAAAGAUAAAGUUCAAUGUGAUGUUGGUUCAUUGUAAGGACCAUGUUUCUGGAAUAUUACAGCUAAUUAAUGUGAAAAUAGAACUUGUGCAAAUGCAUAAAAUGUUAGUUCAAAUUAUUCAUGCAGAUAGUGGUUGUCAUCUUGCAUUUUUAAAUCACCAAACAGCUGUGAAAGUGAAAAUAAUUAAAUUUUAUGUAGUUAAUUUCCAAAAUCAAAUAAUUUUGAUUCUCAUUAAGAAUGUUAAUCAUGGAAUCCUAAAUGUACUCUUAAAUAUGGAAAUGCAUGUUUUGCUGAAAACUGUUCAAAUUAUCCAACUUAAGAAUAAUGUAAAUUCGGAGAAGAUGGAGAUAAAUGUUAAUGGGUUAAUUCUUAAUGUUAAAUUGUUGUUUGUACUAGUAGUCCUAAUUAAUCAAACGAGAUUUAUUGUAAAGCUUAUUCACCAAAUUGUACAUAUUUCAAUACUAGUCAAAACUGCUAAAAUAGAUAACUAACAUGUAAUCAACUUACUGAUUCUUAAUAAUGCUAAUAUCAUUCCAAAUAAGAAAAAUGUAUUUGGAAUACCACUGGUAAUCUAUGCUACGCUGAAAUUUGUAAUGAUAGUUCUGAUUUAGCAACAAAAAGUCAAUCGCACUGUGAGAACAGAUAAUUUAAAUGUAAUUAUAAUGAGGCCACAUAAAAUUGUGAGGAUUUAUAAACAAGCUGUUUUAAUGUAGGAAAUCCUACACAUUUAAAUUGCUAUUUGAAAAAUAAAAAAUGUAUUUUUAAUGAAUUGUCAAAUAAAUGUGAAGAAAUUAAACUUUGUUCAGAUGCUACAACUUAUAACAAUUACACUUGUUAGGAAAUUAAAGACAAUCAGGUUUGUUAAAUAAAGAAUUUUACAUCUGGUUGUCAAGCUUUAGCUGAUUUAUGUUCAUAAUAUAUUCAUUAAUCGAAUUGCAUAUUAGAUANCAAUCAUAGUGUCUAACAACAUUACAAGGUAUUCCUUGUAUUUGGAAUUAAUCUCUUAAUUAGUGUCAAUUUCAUAAUUGUUAGAAUGCACCUCUAACCUUAAGUACUUUAGUUGAAUGUAAAAAAUGGGUUCAAUAUCAUAAUAUUAAAUGUAUCAAUAAAUAAAUUGGAGGAUGCAUUGAUUAAUCAUCAAACUGUUAAGGUUUAAAAGAUAAAGUUCAAUGUGAUGUUGGUUCAUUGUAAGGACCAUGUUUCUGGAAUAUUACAGCUAAUUAAUGUGAAAAUAGAACUUGUGCAAAUGCAUAAAAUGUUAGUUCAAAUUAUUCAUGCAGAUAGUGGUUGUCAUCUUGCAUUUUUAAAUCACCAAACAGCUGUGAAAGUGAAAAUAAUUAAAUUUUAUGUAGUUAAUUUCCAAAAUCAAAUAAUUUUGAUUCUCAUUAAGAAUGUUAAUCAUGGAAUCCUAAAUGUACUCUUAAAUAUGGAAAUGCAUGUUUUGCUGAAAACUGUUCAAAUUAUCCAACUUAAGAAUAAUGUAAAUUCGGAGAAGAUGGAGAUAAAUGUUAAUGGGUUAAUUCUUAAUGUUAAAUUGUUGUUUGUACUAGUAGUCCUAAUUAAUCAAACGAGAUUUAUUGUAAAGCUUAUUCACCAAAUUGUACAUAUUUCAAUACUAGUCAAAACUGCUAAAAUAGAUAACUAACAUGUAAUCAACUUACUGAUUCUUAAUAAUGCUAAUAUCAUUCCAAAUAAGAAAAAUGUAUUUGGAAUACCACUGGUAAUCUAUGCUACGCUGAAAUUUGUAAUGAUAGUUCUGAUUUAGCAACAAAAAGUCAAUCGCACUGUGAGAACAGAUAAUUUAAAUGUAAUUAUAAUGAGGCCACAUAAAAUUGUGAGGAUUUAUAAACAAGCUGUUUUAAUGUAGGAAAUCCUACACAUUUAAAUUGCUAUUUGAAAAAUAAAAAAUGUAUUUUUAAUGAAUUGUCAAAUAAAUGUGAAGAAAUUAAACUUUGUUCAGAUGCUACAACUUAUAACAAUUACACUUGUUAGGAAAUUAAAGACAAUCAGGUUUGUUAAAUAAAGAAUUUUACAUCUGGUUGUCAAGCUUUAGCUGAUUUAUGUUCAUAAUAUAUUCAUUAAUCGAAUUGCAUAUUAGAUAUUAAAAAAAAACAGUGUUAUUGGAGCGUCCUAUUAUAAAUAUGUCUAGAUUUAUAAUGUUCUAUAAUAGAGGAUAGUUUAUCAACUCAUAAUGAAUGUCAAUAAUUUUCAUUGAAUUGUACUUUAAAUUUUGAUAAUUCGCAUUCCUGCAUGGAUUUGCAAGAGUGUGAAGAUUAUAUAAAAAAAGAUCAAUGUUAUAUUAAUAAAUAUUAAUAAACAUGUAGUUGGGUUAGAAAUAGAUGUAUUUUUGAUGUUUGUAAGAGUAGUCCAUUAGGUAUUUACACUCAAUAGAUUUGUUAAGAAUAAUAUGAUAAAAAAUGUACAAUAAAUGAAGAUAGAUCUGGAUGUAUCACAAAAUUAGAUUUUUGUAAUUAAUACAAUAAAUUCUAAUGUUUAACUCCAAAUCAAAGAAAUAUUGAUGAAGUUGAAUGUUUUUGGGAUUAAUCUAGUGGAGAUUGUAAGGAAGUAUUAUGUCAUCAAGCAAAUGAUUAGAUUAGAGAAUUGAUAGAAUGUGAAUAAUUUAAUUAAAAUUGUCAAACAAAGAUAUGUAAAAUGUCUCUUUGUGAUGAUUAUAAAUAUGAACUAGAUAUUUAAUGUUCAAUAGCUCUGAGUAAUAAUAAAUGUAGAACAGAUGGAAAAUAAUGUGUAGAGAGAACAUUAUGUUAAGAUGUAAAUAAUAAAGCUGGUUGUACUUUUGCAAUUGAUUUUAAAAAUUGUAUUUGGUUGGAAGUUGAAAAUCGUUGUGUUAAUAAAACUUGCGAUACAGCAUCAAUCAAUAUUAACAGUCAUUAAGAAUGUUAAGAUUAUUUAAUAUAAUGUACAAAUAAAAUAGGAGGAGGAUGUAUUAAAAUAACAACAUGUUAUUCAAUUUCAUCUUAAGAAGCAUGUGUGUAAGAUUAAGAUAAAGAAUAAUGUAUGUGGGAUUUUAAUAAUAAAAAAUGCAUUUAUUUAGAAUGUUAUACUUUUUGUGGCGAUGGAAUAUUAGGAAACUAAGAAGAAUGUGAUGAUGGUAAUCUAAUACCAUAUGAUGGUUGUUAUAGAUGUAGAAUAUAAUGUUAAUAUGGAUGCAAUAAUUGUAUUGAAAAUAUUUGUUAAGAGUGUAAUUAAGGAUUUGAAUUGGAUUAAAAAGGAAAUUGCUCUGAAAUAUGUGGAGAUGGACUUAUUGUUGGAUAAGAAGAAUGUGAUGAUAUGAAUAAUAUUGAAAAUGAUGGAUGUUAUUAAUGUCGAUUUCAAUGUCAUUAAUAAUGUUUACAUUGUAUUUUUGGUAUAUGUGAUAAGUGUGAUUUUGGAUGGGAAUAGUACGAUAAUUAAUGUAUUUCAGUAUGUGGCAAUGCAUUAACAGUACAUCAAUUUGAAGAAUGUGAUGAUGGAAAUACAGAUGAUAAUGAUGGUUGUAAUUCUUAAUGUAGAGUGGAGUAAGAUUGGGUUUGUUAUUAAUCUUAAACAACCUUAAUUAGUGAAUGUAAAUAAGUCUUACAUCCAUAAAUCAUUUUGUAAAAUAUCUCUUAAAAAAAAGAUUCUCAAUAAAUCAUUAAAUUGUUAUUUAAUUAAUAAGUGUAACUCAAAGAUGAUAUUCGGUUUGAGGAUUUCUUAUAAAUUAAUGUUACUCAAAAUGUUUAAUUUCAAUUAAUAAUCUAACCUGUUGUUUAAGCAUCGCUCUUAUUAAAAUAAGUUGAAUAUCAUCUAUAUAUCACUUUAUUACAAAAGGUUAAUUAUCCAUUCGUUUCAAUCUAAUUAAAUUAAUCUAUUGUUAUUAAUUCAUAAAAAUAAGAACUCACUAAAUUAAUUGAGACUAUUAGUUUAGGUACACCCUUAAUAUUAUCACUAGAUUAAUAAUCUAGAUUAAAUAAUACUAUUGCUUUUAAUUAAAUUAUGAUUUAUGUCUUUAUUGGAUCAUCUUCAUUAUCUGUCUUAACAGGUAAUUUUGAUUUAUUUUUUAAUAUGCUUGCUUUACUUUAAUAACUUUCAUAUGUUAGAUAUUUGAGUGUUCCAUUUCCAAGUCAUCUAGAUUAAUAUUUAAAAGUGUUUAAAGUUGUCUCCUUUUAACCUUUAUAUGAUUAAUUAGAAAUUGAUUAACUCUUUAAAAAAUUAAACUUUGGAAAAGUCCCAUUUAUUCAAUCCAAAAAUAUUAAAAAAUAAGAUUAAGAAUUUAAUAACUCCUUUUUCUUAAUUAAUGCAAAGAGCUUCUAUUUUACUAUGUUUUUAUCUAUUUCUUUUUAUCUCUUAGCAUAAAUUAUUAUUAAUACCAAUUCAAUCAUGAUUCGUUUAUUAUGUAAAAUUAAAUAAUUUAAUCAACUUAAAAAGUUUUAUUAGGUAUAUUAAUAAAUUAAAAAUUUUGGUUUAAAAACUUCUAGGUAUUUUAUUUAUUCAGGAUUAAUAAAAGCAUUUAUAUCUUCUUAAUAUUAACUAAUGUACAGUGCUUAUAAUUAAUGUCCAGAAUACAAAUUCAUAUUUAAAAUAGAAAACCUAUUUGAAACUUUUAACUCAAUAAAUGCUUUGAUUUGCAUCAUUUUACCUCACAUAUUUUUAUUCAAAUCAAUAACUGUAUAAUAAAAGAAAAUUACUUCUUAAGUAUUAAACAAAUAUUUUAUUUUUUAUGAAAAUGUGAAACCAAAUUAUUGGUCAAGAUUCUGUAUUCCAUUUUCAAUGAUAAAAGUAAGCAUUUAUAUGGCAAUUAUUUGUUUUCUAUUUAAUUCUGCUAUUAUUCAAUCCAUUUCAUUAAUUAUGUUAUGUAUAAUAUACUGCUAUUAUCUGAUUGCUGUGCAACCUUUAAUGUAGAAAAUUGAAUUAAUAAGACUCAUACUUAGGGAAAUAACAUUUUUAUUAAUAGUUUCAACUUUUUUUCCUUAUUGUUUAAGUUUUGAUGAUGAAGUAGUAAAUAUUUUAGGUUGGAUUCACAUUGGAUUGUUUUCAUUUAUAAUAGGUUCAAAUAUUUUAUUAGAUGUAGUAAAACAAAUUUUUAACAUCUAUUCAGCCUAUAAAACAAAAAUGAUAAAAAAAGAACUAUAAAAACGUAAGUAUCUAAUAAAUGGUCUUCAAUAAUUUAUUAGAGCCGACAUAAAUUAAAAAACUAUCUAUAACGGACCACUUUCUAUAGGAUUUGAAGUUUAAUCUAACAAUUAAAGCUAAAUAAUAUAGCUUCAUUGA